AUGGAUUUUGAUCUUGCAUAUGAGGUAAGUACCUUUUCGACUGAAAAACGACCGGAUGACGGGUUUAAUUUGGCCCCAUACCUCAAUAGAGUUUCUGAUAAAUUGGCUUCGUCACCAUCAAAUAUUUUAAACGAUGAUAUAUUUGAGAUGGCCAGACAACUGGUUUAUUAUAUUCCUGAAUGCACCGACUUGAAUAGGUCAGAAACUAUAUUCCUUACCUUUACGAAAGCCUUCCAAUGUGGGAUUGAUUCUCUUGAAACUGUUGAGGCAGAUGCUGACGCGUCAGAUCAGAAGGAAUUACUCUGCCGCUAUGUAUAUCUCCUAUUUGGUUUGAGCCAGCACCUGGUGACUAUGUUUGGAGAAAGUGAUGUAAAUAAAAAGAGGAAGAAAAAUGAUGUCGACAAAAAAAGGCUUACUAAAUUAAACUUGGUUUUGUCAUCCAUUCUAGCUACAAUUUGCGAUUUGUUGAACCUCCAGUUGUCAGUCAUUAUCCAAAGUAGUACAAGUACGAACGAUUUUUGUGAUGUAAUCCUCAAAUUGGCAUAUUCGAUCAUGAUGUCAACAGAAACCCUCAAGGAAAAAAACAACAGAUCGAUUUUUGUGAAAUUGUUUUGCCUGAUUGCCAAAAAUCACCAACAAAAUAAUCAGGUCUGCCACCGUCUUACGCUGGCAUUACCUUUUUCAGAGCACCUUUCUGAUACAAUUGCAGAAAUACUUUCAGUUUCCUAUUCUGCAUACGAAAAUCAAAAUCUAGUCCAGGAUGUAUUGACCUCAUUGGCAGAAAUUCAAAAUGUCGGCCCUAACUUGGCAAAAAAUAUCGGAUCAAUCUUAGUCAAGCUGUCUGAGCUGCUAGGCCAAGAAUGUGUGACCUUUCUCGAUUACUUUCAAAACUUUGUAACAGCAACACCGACUGUUCGUGCUGCGACUAUGAUGUGCUUUGGAAAUUCUGUCAAUUCUCUAUCGACAUCACAGGAAUUGGUUACUGAAAAUAUCGAGGUCAUUGAAUCCCUAAUUAGCACCUUGGAGGAACAUUUACUUGACAAUUUCCAGAUUGUCCGCCAACGCUGUUUCCAAGCACUUGAACUAAUUCAUUCAAACAGACAAUCAAAAUUGAAUUUCAAAGAAUAUAGAUAUACCUGGGCUUUGAGAGCUCUGAACCAUUUGGAAGACAAAUCCUCGUUUGUCAGAAAAGCAGCUCUCAAUUUAUUGAAAUGCAUUAUUGUGAAUCACCCGUAUACAGUCGAUCAAGGGAAACUAUCCUGGAAGUUUCAUUGGGAACAUUAUGCAGAGGCAACUAAAGAGAUCAAAAAUAUUGAUAAUGGGAUUAUCUACAAUGCAAUAAGAGCAAAUGAACUUGAAAACAAUCAACUCAAUGAAUUGAUUAAGGAAAAUGAGGAUGACACCCAAUACAAAGAUGUGUUUAAAACUGUAUUAGGAGCAAUACCACCAGCCGAUCACAACCCGUUGGAUAAUUUACCUUCAGAAGUUGUUGAAUUGAUCUUAAGGCGGAAGUUUUUACGAGAUGCUUGUAUAUUCAUAAAGAUUUUAGAUAAGUCUUUUGAGUUUGUGGCUGAUAAUUUUUUGAAUUCGAAAACAAAGUCAGAUGUUAUUGCUGCGAUUGAAUAUUUUACCAUUGGAGAUGCAUAUGGUAUUGAAACAGCUAAAAUAGGCGUCAAAAGAAUGCUGCAUUUAAUUUGGACCACAGGCUCCAAUGAAGAUGGAAACAGGGUUGUGGAAAAGUUAAUCGACGCUUACGUGACGAUGUUUUUAACACCCUUUUCAGGGGAGACCGAAAGAAAUAAAACUAUUUAUGUGGCGUCUUCACUAAUUAAGCUGACAUUCAAUUGUAACAUGGCUGAUCUAAUUUCACUUGAGAAAAUGAUUUCUGAAUUAGUGAAAGGGAAAAGAGAAAAAGAGAAAUAUGAUUAUAACGGAGCGGUUGAACACUACAUUACACCCCAAGUUGUUAGUGCGCUAUGGAGUAGUUUCGUUAACUAUAAGCACUUUAAAGAGCGUAGAGGUGCCAUAAUCAUACUCAGCAUGCUUGCAGCGAGUGACUAUAGGAUAGUUCACGAUAAAAUCGACGUUUUGCUAAAAUAUGGCUUGGACACAAAAAACCUAAAUUACGAAGUUGCGACUUACACCUGUAUAGCAUUGAGAAGGUCUUUGCCGAGGAAAAUAGAAGACGAUUUUGUUUAUCCUAAUUUUGCGAAGGCAAUUUCAAAAUGCAAGGAAAUUUUAUUGACAAAUACCAUUGAUGGUGAAUGGUAUAACCUAGCAGAAGAAACUCUAACAACUUUGUAUGAUAUUGAUAUUGAUGCAGAUCAAACCUCUUCGUUGAUCUUGAAACAAAAAGCCGUUGAUGUAUUUGGCUCGGCCACUGAUCAAACUAUAGAUAAAUCUGUUGCUUUAAGUCAAUUCCUGUUUUUAUUAGGCCAUGUUGGUUUGAAAACCAUUAUAUACCUUGAGAAAUGUGAAGCUGAUUUCAAAAGGAAAAAGCAAGACCACGAGAAUAAAAAAAAUGAGCAAGAUAUAGAGCUAGAAAUGAUUGGUGGUACCAACGAGGAUGAGUUUUCGGAUGCAAUACAAAACAUAAAAGAUAAGGAAUUGUUGUAUGGCCCAAAUUCGAUACUUGCAAAAUUCGUUCCAUUAGUUGUGGAGAUCAUACAAAAGCCCAAAGUCUACAGUCAUACCAUGUUAAAACGCCAAGCAACACUGUGCUUUGCUAAAUUUAUGUGUAUUUCACCACGUUUCUGCGAAGCUCAUUUAGGCUUGUAUCUCAACUUGAUGAAGAAAUCCACGGAUCCAAUUGUUAGGAGUAAUUUGGUUUUAGGAUUGGGUGAUAUUGCAGUUUGCUUUACUAAUAUUAUUGAUGAGAACAGAAAUGCAUUAUACAGCGAAUUACACGAUAAGGAAAUUUCAGUUCAAAGAACAUGCUUGAUGACCGUAACCUUUUUGAUUUUGGCUGGUCAAAUCAAGGUUAAAGGUCAGUUGUCUCAGCUUGCGAAAUUGCUAGUUCAUGAGGAUGAAGGAUUGAGGCAAAUGGCCAAGAUGUUUUUUCAGGAAUUGGCGACUAAAGACAAUGCCAUCUAUAAUGGUUUUAUUGAAAUGCUAAGUGGUCUAAAUCAAUAUAUUGACAAACCUGGUAUGACUGAUGAGGAGCAACCAUUUCCGCUAGCCAAGUUUAAGGAGGUGAUUAGAUUUGUUUUGCCGUUUAUUAGUAAAGAUAGACAACGAAAUCUAUUGAUAAAAAAACUAGAUGUAAGAUUGAAAACAUGCACGAAGAUGGAAUAUCAAAGAUAUGCGUUUUGUUUAAGGGAAUUGAUUAAACGUGAAGAUGGAGUGAAUCGGAAAGAGAAGGACUCCGAAAGUGAAAAGGCAAAGUAUUAUAAGGAGAUUCUGAAAAAGCUCGAUGAAUUUGAAGAAUCAAAUAGUGCGUCUGGUGAACUCUUGAAACCUGUAACACGAGGCCCAAAACGAGUUAGCGUGGAUGAUCGGAAGCAACAUUCUGAGGGGGAAGAAAAUGAUGCUAAAGAAGUAGAAGACUGGUUGAGUGGGAGUGAGAUCACUGAUGGUGCAAACAAUGGAGAAGUUAGAGGCCCACUUGAUGGACAAAUUCGUGAACAGUCGUCACCCGAUGUUGCUAGUGAUGUUGAAAUGAUCGAUCAAGAUUUAGAAUAA